AUGGCCGAGUCAAUCGAUGUUGAUAUUGAGAUGGAGAAUGACGACAACAUCGCCGCCGGAGCUUCCAAAUCUAAGGGUAGAGGACUCGGACAGCCCAGAGCUAGAGCUGACAGAAUCAUCUAUGAUGUAGUUGAUGGGAGUGAUGCUGCUGGAGCAGGCCCUAUGAGAUCUGUUGAAGGAUGGAUCGUGUUUGUUACUAACAUCCAUGAGGAAGCCACUGAGGAAGAUCUCCAUGAUAAGUUCGCUGAUCAUGGCGAAAUCAAAAGUGUUCAUCUCAACUUGGACAGAAGAACAGGAUACUUAAAAGGAUAUGCUUUGAUCGAGUACGAGACUCAGAAGGAAGCUGCUGCUGCUAUUGAAAAUUUAAAUGGAGCUGAUCUUCUCGGACAAGAUAUGGCUGUUAGCUGGUGCUUCGUCAAGCCACCUAAAAAAGCCGGAAAACGCUAA